UCGUAUACCAAUUCCUGUCACGUAGAUGACGUAAUUUAUAUUAGUGAAUACUAAUCAUUCUAGCAUAAUCUCAUUUGCCUCUUCAAUAAAAUCAUUUAAACAUAAGAAAAAACUUUUCCUAAAAUAAUCAAAGAAAAACAUAAAAGUUUCUCUGUAAUCGAAAUCUUUAGAUGUAUCAAAACAUCUUCUUCUUCUUUCUUACAGUCUUCUGCAGUGAUUACUAUGUCUCUGCUCAGCCUCCUGCUCCUCCUCCGUUCACAAACGGUGACCUAGCCGCUAAUUUCGAGCCGAGUUUGGCAGUCGUCACAGUAGUUCUCGCCGUCAUGUUCUCGCUCACUUUCGUCCUCCUCGUCUACGCUAAGUGCUGCCGCAUCGAUCUCCGGCGGCCAAGAACCAACGACGGAAGUCGGCAAGAUCGCCGAGGAAUAUUCAUUAACCGGUCAGCUAACCCGUCGGAUAGAUUCUCCGGUUUAGAAAAAACGGUAAUAGAGUCACUUCCUCUGUUUAGAUUCUCUGCUUUGAAAGGAUCAAAACAAGGGCUCGACUGUUCUGUCUGCUUGUCUAAGUUCGAAAGUGUUGAGAUUCUUAGAUUGUUGCCUAACUGUCGUCACGCUUUCCACGUCGGAUGCAUCGAUCAGUGGCUUGAGCAGCACGCGACGUGCCCUCUGUGCAGAGACAGAGUCGAGAUAGAAGAAGAAUACUCUGUUUACGGAAACAGCUUCCGGUUCUUGAAUCAGUCUGAGGUACAAGAAGGUUCGAGCUUGGAGCUUUACAUCGAAAGAGAAGAAGAAGAAGAAGUUGGUCAGGGGUCAUCGAGAUUCAGCAUCGGAGAUAGUUUCCGGAAGAUUCUUAAAUUAGGUCAUAAAGAAAAGCCAUUACUUGAUCAACAAGGAAACGAAAAAGACGAGAACAAGUUGAUGCACAAGUUUAAUCAUAGGAUCGUUGUGUCUGAUGUUGUGUUCAAGAAUCGCUGGAGCAACGUGAGUUCGUCGGAUUUGAUGUUCUUGAAUUCGGAGAUGGUUAACUCGAUGUCCAGCGAGCGAUUCUCGUCGUUGGAUCGAGUUAAGAGAGGUGAUGAAGAGGAUCAAAGAGGUAGCUUGUGGAUCAAGGAAGACACGGAAGCGAAGAGAAUGGUGGAGAACAAGUUGAGUGCGAUGAAAACUAUGUUGUUGUUGUCGGAGAACGGAGAGUCUGGUUCCAAAUCUAGAAGCGUUAUGGUCGAGCCAGGGAGAAGAUCGGUCUCUGAGAUCACUGCGGUUCCUAGAUUCAGUAUUGCGGUUCAUGGAGAUUAUAGUGGUUCAACCGCAGCGUCUGCUUUGGAAACGGAGAGAAGACGGCGUUUGUGGCUGCCGAUCGCUAGAAACACAGCUCAAUGGUUUGCUAAUAGAGAAAAAAUAAAUCAAAUUAACACAACACACCAACACUUUGAUGUUUAGUUUUCUUUUUCUUUUCCUUAAGAAUUGCAAUUUUUUCAAAAUUACCGAAUUAACUUAUAUUUAGUUUACGAUGAAUUUAUGUAUAAACAAAGUUUUGACUCAAUACAUAUUAUUGAUGGAUUGAA